AGACGAAGAGACACCUGACUGUCACUGAAUGACCUCAUCGAUAUUAACACAGAACAUGACCUCCAUGGACGACUUCAUGACAACGUUCACCACUGAGGACCCGUCCUCCAUCAGCCCUUCACCCACCACUGACGAUGACUACGAAUACGAGGACCUGCUGUGUGACCGGGCGUCGGUGCGGGAGUUCAGGAGACUCUCCGAGCCGCCGCUCUUCUGGAUCAUCGUCAUUGUGGGCGGAGCUGGGAACCUGGCCGUGGUGUGGAUCUACCUGAACUUCCGGCGGCGGCUGAAGACCAUGACGGACAUUUACCUGCUGAACCUGGCGGUGGCCGACCUGCUGUUCCUCGUCACGCUGCCACUGUGGGCGGAGGAGGCGUUGCAUGGCUGGAGCUUUGGCUCCGCCCUCUGCAAAGUGAACUCUGCCGUCUACAAGGUGAAUCUGUUCAGCAGCAUGCUGCUGCUCACCUGCAUCAGCAUCGACCGCUACGUGGUCAUCGUGCAGGCCACCAAGGCACAGAACUCGCAGGAGGAGCGCCGCCGCUGCAGCCGGCUGGUGUGUGCAGGAGUGUGGCUGCUGGCCCUGGUGCUCGCCACACCCGAGCUGGUGUUCGCCACCACCGCCACGGCGGACUCACAGCAGUACUGCAGGAUGGUGUUCCCAUCACACGUGGGCAACCGCACCAAGAUCCUGGUGCUGUCUCUGCAGGUGAGCAUGGGCUUCUUCCUGCCUUUGAUCGUCAUGGCAUUCUGCUACAGCGUCAUCGUCGCCAAGCUGCUCAAGACCAAAAACUUCCAGAAGCACAAGGCCAUGCGCGUCAUCCUGGCCGUGGUGGUGGCGUUCGUCGUGUCCCAGCUGCCCUACAACUGCGUGCUGGUGAUGGAGGCGGCGCAGGCCUCCAACAUGACCAUGACGGAUUGCGUGGAGAUGAAGCGCUUCGACAAGGCGGGGCAGGUGCUGAAGAGUCUGGCCUACAUGCACGCCUGCCUCAACCCCUUCCUCUACGUCUUCAUCGGCGUGCGAUUCCGCAAAGACAUGAAGGAGCUACUGCUGCGCUGCAGCUGCCGCCAGCCAUCGGCCAAAAAGAGUCAUCUGAGCAAGUCUUGCAGGAGUCCGCUGAACUCCACCCGGGCCUCGGUGAUGUCAGACAGCGACACCUCGCAGGCGCUGUCGCUGUAGACCACUUCCUGUCUGCUGCAGCCAUGGUUAAACUGUGAGGUCGACAGACGGCUUCAUCUCUCCUUCAUCCCUCCUUCAUCUCUUCUUCAUCCCUCCUUCAUCUCUUCUUCAUCCCUCCUUCAUGAAGCCCUUAACUCAUUAAAGGCUUUUCAAAUUAAGAUGUUUUAAGGGGUUUAGCUUUUCAAAUUAAAGGACAAACGAAGGAUCUGGAAACAAACUGACUCGGACUGUUUGUGGUUUUUGGGGGAUUCCUUGCGUCGGUGAAUCAGUUUCUCUUCAGCAAAUUAAAAACAAUGAAACGGCUGAACUGUCGGCAUCUUAAGACUUUUGUCCAGGACCUUCUCAGGAACCUUCCAGGACUUUUCCAGAACUUAGUCCGGACUUGCCUGUGUACUGAAUGUGAAGCUCUUUUACUGAAGAACUUUGUGGUUUUUUGCUGCUUUUAUUCUAGACAAUUUAGUUGUGUGACUUCUCGGCUGCUCACUGUGUUGCAUCAUCCUGUUUGAACAGGAAACGCAUCACAGGAGGAAGUGACGGCGAGUCAGAACGUCUGCUGUGACAUUACUGUGAAUAUUUUAUGUCUGCUGCUUGUUAACAUUCAUUACACAAGAAGGAAGCGCCUCUGAUACUGAACACAUGCUAACAGAGGCUAACUUGACCUCUGCAGGUGUUCUGAUGUGUACAUAGUUUUCUUUGUGAUUUUUGCUGUGUAAAUAAACGUGAAGCGUCUCUGUGAGCGUGUUCACCAUGAAACAUUA